CUCAUAGAAAGUUUUAUAUUUAAGAGAUGUCAAAAGAUUAUAUAAAUAUAUAUGUAUAUUAUUUUUCUUUGAGAAUCUGACUAUGGAGCGUUGGUUGAUCUUCAUAGGACUUACAGGAGCGUUGCUGCAAGUUAGUUUUGCCAAACCUUAUUACUACUACUUUGUCAACACAUCACUGACAUGGACAGAUGCUCAAGCUGUCUGCAGACGUAACUACACUGACCUGGCCACUAUAGAAAAUGAAGCAGAUGAUGAAGAUGUAAAAAUGUCAAGCUUAAACUAUACAGGAAAGGCUUGGAUUGGCCUCUAUGAUGAAUUCGUAGACAGCUGGAAAUGGUCUCUAAACGACAGUAGCUUCUACGGGCCAGGGGAAUUAACAUUUAGAGACUGGGACACUGGACAACCAAGUAAUCAUGAAGGAGAUGAAAAGUGUAUUGGAUUAUAUGAACUCACAGGCAAAUGGCAUGACUACACUUGCAGUGACUUAUUUCAUUUUGUAUGCUACAAUGGUACUGUAAAUGAUACAUCAUCCUUUGUUCUGGUCAGAGAACCUAAAAGUUGGACUGACGCUCAGACAUACUGUAGAGAGAACUACAUUGAUCUUGCCAGUGUAAGAAAUAUGACAGAAAAUGAAAAGAUUCAAAGCCUGCCACGCUCAAAAAAUGUCUGGAUUGGUCUUUAUGGUGAAAAGUCCUGGUCUGACGGCAACCCAUCUCUGUUUCGAAACUGGGCUACUGGUCAGCCAAAUGGUUUUGCCAGCAAUCCCCUUCUUUCAGUUGGUGCUACAUGUACAGCUGCAGCAUUUGGGAACCAAGAAGGAUGGUUUGAUGAGGAUUGCACACUGACUAUACCAUUCAUCUGUUACAGACGAGGUCCUGAAAAUGCUAACGGCUUCAGACAAAUAGCAGGGGAUGAGACUAGCAUCACUCUGCAGUGGGACAAGAUAAACAACAACACCAACUUUGUUCUCCUGUUUAAUGGCACAGAAACAUUUAUCAGUGCACCAGAUGGAGAUGGACCACUAACUCACACAGUCUCAUCUCUGACUGCAGGAACUAAAUACACAUUUACUCUCUUCUCUGAGUUUGAGAACCUCAGAAGUAAUGGAGUUAAAACCUCAGCUAUCACUGCUCCUGCAAAUGCUAACGGCCUCAGACAAUCAGCAGAGAAUGAGACUAGCAUCACUCUGCAGUGGGACAAGAUAAACAACGACACCAACUUUGUUCUCCUGUUUAAUGGCACAGAAACAUUUAUCAGUGCACCAGAUGGAGAUGGACCGCUAACUCACAUAGUCUCAUCUCUGACUGCAGGAACUAAAUACACAUUUACUCUCUUCUCUGUGUUUGAGAACCUCAGAAGUAAUGGAGUUCAAAUCUCAGCUGUCACUGCUCCUGCAAAUGCUAAUGGCCUCAGACAAUCAGCAGAGAAUGAGACUAGCAUCACUCUGCAGUGGGAUAAGAUAAACAACAGCACCAACUUUGUUCUCCUGUUUAAUGGCACAGAAACAUUUAUCAGCGCACCAGAUGGAGAUGGACCACUAACUCACACAGUCUCAUCUCUGACUGCAGGAACUAAAUACACAUUUACUCUCUUCUCUGUGUUUGAGAACAUCAGAAGCAGAGAAGUAAGCAUAACUGCGACAACUGCUGGAGCACCAAAACAUAUUAUUGGACUGGAUAUACAAUUAAAUUCUCAGAAAGAACUAUCAGAAUCGGAGAUGGAAGAUGUUGUAGAAGAGUUCUUCAAAAAAUAUGGUGUGCCAAAGUUUUCCCUGAAGAUUCUUAAGGUGAAACCAUAACAACAAAGAAGGAUGAAAGACGGAAUCUUGCAAAAG